GCGGAGCCCGAGGCAGCCAACCCGGCGAGGCCCCGCCCCGAACUCCCGCCCCGUCCGUUACCGCCAGAGCCCGGAGUACCCGGAUGAGGGUGCUGCUGCCGCCCGAGGAGCAGCCAGCGUGUCAUCCAGCCUCACGCCCUUCAGUGCAAAGGCUUGAACGCAGAGCCUGCCCACCAUGGCCUCCAAGAAGCUGGUGAACUCCGUGGCAGGCUGUGCCGAUGAUGCCCUUGCUGGCCUGGUGGCCUGCAACCCCAACCUGCAGCUUCUGCAGGGUCACCGUGUGGCCCUGCGUUCUGACCUAGACAGCCUCAAGGGCCGGGUGGCACUGCUGUCAGGUGGGGGCUCGGGUCAUGAGCCUGCCCAUGCAGGUUUCAUAGGGAAGGGGAUGCUGACAGGAGUCAUAGCUGGCGCUGUAUUCACCUCCCCAGCCGUGGGCAGCAUCCUGGCAGCUAUCAGGGCUGUGGCCCAGGCUGGCACAGCUGGGACCCUCCUCAUUGUGAAGAAUUACACUGGGGACCGGCUCAACUUUGGCCUGGCCCGGGAGCAGGCCCGGGCCGAGGGCAUCGCCGUGGAGAUGGUGAUCAUUGGGGAUGACAGCGCCUUCACCGUGCUGAAGAAGGCAGGCCGCCGGGGGCUCUGCGGCACCGUGCUCAUCCACAAGGUAGCUGGUGCCCUGGCUGAGGCAGGGGUGGGGCUGGAGGAGAUCACCAAGCGGGUGAGAGAGGUCGCCAAGGCCAUGGGUACCCUAGGGGUGAGCUUGUCUUCCUGUAGUGUCCCAGGCUCCAAACCCACCUUCGAGCUUGCAGCUGACGAGGUCGAGCUGGGCCUAGGGAUUCAUGGGGAGGCUGGUGUGCGCCGGAUAAAGAUGGCAAGCACCAAUGAGAUUGUGAGGGUCAUGCUCGACCACAUGACAAGCACCUCCAAUGCAUCGCACGUGCCUUUGCAGUCAGGCUCCUCAGUGCUACUGAUGGUCAACAAUUUGGGCGGCCUGUCAUUCCUGGAGCUGGGCAUCAUCGCCGAUGCUGCCAUCCGCUGUCUUGAGGGCCGUGGGGUGAAGAUCGCCAGGGCCCUAGUGGGCACCUUCAUGUCAGCUCUGGAGAUGCCCGGCGUUUCUCUCACCCUCCUGCUGGUGGAUGAGCCUCUCCUGAAACUGAUAGAUGCUGAGACCACCGCAGCAGCCUGGCCAAAUGUAGCCAAGGUCUCUGUGACUGGGCAGAAGCGAAGCCGGGCAGCCCCUGUCGAGCCCCAGGAAGCCCCUGACUCCAAUGCUGCAGGAGGCGCAACUUCCAAACAGAUGAGCCUCGUGCUAGAACGGGUGUGCACUACCCUCCUGGGGCUAGAGGAACACCUGAAUGCCCUGGACCGGGCUGCUGGCGAUGGAGACUGUGGCACCACCCACAGCCGCGCUGCCAGAGCAAUCCAAGGGUGGCUGAAAGAGGGCCCUCUGCCUGCCAGCCCUGCUCAACUUCUUUCCAAGUUGUCUGUCCUGCUACUGGAGAAGAUGGGAGGCUCAUCCGGGGCACUCUAUGGCCUGUUCCUGACAGCUGCCCAGCCUCUCAAAGCCAAGACUGACCUCCCAGCCUGGUCUGCUGCCAUGGAUGCCGGCCUGGAGGCCAUGCAAAAGUAUGGACAGGCUGCGCCAGGCGACCGGACAAUGCUGGAUUCUCUGUGGGCAGCACGAAAGGAGUUCCAAGCCUGGAAGAACCCAGGGGCAAACCUAAUCCAAGUGCUGACCAAAGCAGUUACGAGUGCGGAAGCUGCAGCUGAGGCCACCAAGAAUAUGGAAGCUGGAGCCGGAAGAGCCAGUUACAUCAGCUCUGCGCGUCUGGAGCAGCCGGACCCCGGGGCCGUGGCAGCAGCUGCUAUCCUCCGUGCCAUCCUGGAGGUCUUGCAGAGCCAGGAUGCAUGAUGUCCUCCUCGGCCUCAACUCCUCUCACAGUGGUGCCGAGGUGGCCACUGUCACCCUCCCAAGUCCAGCAGGAAAUCCUCCGCCAAGCCUGCAGAACCGCACUGCAGCCAGCAAAAUGGGCCAGGCACCUACCUCUCCAGCUCUGCCAUUUCCCUCCCGCAGAAGGAUGGAGUCCCUAAGUCCCCCUGCCCUGGGUGUGGGCUUCAGUGAUAAGGCGUUUUCUUCCUCCUUGAGUUGAAGCACAGCCAUUAUAUUGCAAAGGUAAUUUGCCCUAAAACUCCAAAGCAUUUUCAGUGAAGGGCCCUCUGCACCUGAAU